CACAUUUGCCUUGAGAUUUCAUUCAGUGUUUUGUUUUUCUGAUAAGUAUUGUACAAAAUUUGUUGUAGUCUUCAUCUCAAAUACGAAAUGAUACAUAGAGGAUUUAAUAGUGCUCCGCGCCGUCAACUUAUACCGAAUCUGUUUAGCAAUAUUCUCAAAGUCAUUGCCGAGGCAGAUCACCCAUUGACCCAUCAUGAGAUUGUCGAAGCUGUUUCCGAGCGCAUGGAUCGUUGUGAUGAGGAACUGAAGCGACAAAUAACCGUCAGCCUUCAAGAUGCCCUAAUCUAUGGUUAUUUGCGAGUGAAAAACUUUCGCUAUUCCAUAGUACAAAAUCGUUUGGAUCCCAAUGAGCCGCGCGAUAUGAAAACAUUUAAUAAAUUGACAGUUGCAGUUGCAGUUGCCGAAACAAAACCUAGUGCAUUAAAGUUGAAACAAAGUUCAAGAGAUGAGCAGAGCACAUCGAAAGGAGCUGGAGCACAGGAUCUGCAUACACAUCCCGAGAAGGCUGAUGAUCAAGCUGAGACUUCAGAGAGCGUUCGGCAUAGUAAGCCAGAGGUGGUCUCUCUGGCAAGGGAUAGCAUACAGCCAAGUAACACUCAACCAGGCACUGAAACCGAAGAAGAAACAAGUGCGACUAAAACUGAUCUGAGACCCAGAAGACUACAACGGAAAAUGGAGUGACCCAUGAAAAGCUCAACCAGAAUGUGUAGAUGAAUCAUUAAAAAUCGAUUUAAUUUAAA